AUGGGCGUGGCCCCUUCUCCGGAAGGAGGUGGCCCAGGAGCCCCUGUUCUUGUGUCGACCAAGGGCACUCGUCUGCGCCUUAAGCCUCCUGUGCGGCGUUCGCCUAAUGACCCUGUCCCUUCAAGCAAUGCGCCGCACUCCCAAUCAUCACUUUCUCCAUUGUUAUCGCCUCGCGACGAGCAACCUCAUUAUGAUCCUGUACGCUUUGGUGUUAACGGCGGCGGACAGCACCCUGCUUUGGUUCCUGUCCCUGGAAAUACGCCUCCACUUGUUGGUCCAUCUCCUUCGUUACCUCCGCACAUGGGACUUCCCCCUGCACCUACGCCAUCGUCUCGUGCAACCGAGAUUCAGCGCCAUGCUAAGCCUAAACGUCUGAAAGCCCAUACUGUUACAACAAAGAGCUACAGCAUCCCCACCGUUCCACGUGAUAAACAGGGACGUCCAUUACUACCACUUACCGUCGGCAUCAUGACAGUGAACCAACUUGGAGAGGUUUGCAUGCGAGAACAUUUUCACACGGAACGGUACAUAUUCCCUGUUGGGUAUGAGGUAACACGAAAAUAUUCCUCGACGGUGGAUCCCACCAUAGACGCUAUAUACACUUGCUCAAUUCUCGAUGGCGGGGAUGGACCCAAGUUCAAGAUCGUCGCAUCUGAUGUCCCAGAUCGUCCUCAAAUUGCUGGUACCGCCACCGGCGCAUGGUCUACCAUUGUGAAGCAAGCCAAUACUAUCCGCAAUCGCCAACACUCGAAUUCUGUCUCGGGGCCCGACUUCUUUGGGUUAGGACAGAAUACAAUCAAGCACUUGAUCCAGGAGCUUCCAAAUGCUGAUCGCCUGCGCGACUAUGUAUGGCAGAACUUCGUCGAAGGAGGACCUUUAGGCGGUAGACACGCGGCUGUCGUUCCAGCUCUUCCAGAAGAUCAAUCUAGUGUUGCCGAUGGUCACGCUGAAGAUAUUCCUUCCUACAUACACCCUCCCCCACAUCUGCAAUCGCAGCCUUUCACAACCAUCGUCCUUCCCCCACCUCAAUCCGCCGACACCCUAAGUAUCCACGAGUACCGCCCUCCUACACAGAGGGACGCCGAAGACAGGCGUCAGAGUAGCUCUCAUUCACAAAGCACCCGUCAGCUCGCAAAUCCUUCACCGCCAAAUAUGACACCCACCUCCAAAGCAUCACCUCCCCCACAGCAACAGCAGUCGCCAUAUCUUGCCGGUGCCAAUGCGCCGUCUGUGCCUGCAACAUUCGCAAGCAUAAUGAAUGCGUAUCCUACCCCCUCAGCCGCAAGAGAGGAGCCUCACUCGCGUCCGGGAUCCCGAGAUGAGAUCCCUCCAAGCGGUCCUUCAUUGCGGUCUCGUGAGCAGUGA